UCGUACUCAUGAAAAAAACUUUCACCAUUUUAAGAAACAUUGGUGCUCUUGCUGCUCACAGUAGUUGGGCAGCUCAUCAUGCCUCCCUUUCUAUAUAUGGCUAUACAUUUCACAACCUUUUCAUGAAACCACAUUUCAAUUUUUGAGCUUAGUUUUUUUCCCUCGAUUUACAGCUCCAGCUGCAACGCAUCAACGGCAACCACCGUUUUCGCCCACCCUACUUCACCGCAAGAUGAAGCAUGAGAGAGGUAAAAAAUCCAGAAAACAGAGAGAAGCUUCCAAAACUCAAAAAUCAGGCGAAGGUUUGCUGUCAUUUCUACCACCUGAAAUCAUAAUCAACAUCCUCUCAUCAAGACUCCCCAUUCGAACCACUGUAAGUUGCAAGAGCGUUUGCAAGCCAUGGCUUGAUCUGCUCGAGACUCGUGAGUUUGUGAAGUCUCAUAUUUCUAAAUCAGUCCCCGGCCUCGCGGUCUUUUUGGAGGGAGAAUACCCGAAGCCAUACAAAGUCUUCGAAUAUGUAGACGAGCUUAGUCCUAAGCGUGUGCCUCGUUGGAAUGUGGUGUUGAACUUCAACCUCCCUUGUACUGAGCCACCUUAUAGCUCAGUUGAUGGUUUGCUCUUUCUGUGCAGUCGAGGCAUAAUGUCCCGUGAGAUUUUCAAACAUGGUACCCUUAGGAGGGAAGAUAUUUGGUGGCCCCGUGAUCUCUUCAUAUGCAAUCCAAUUACUCGCGACUACAUAAAGAUCCUUUGCCCUCCGGAGUUCUCCUCCUCAAAACGUAGGGUUCAUGUGGAUACUUUUGGAUUUGGAGUGAGUAGAACGACAUGUCAGUAUAAGAUGGUCCGGGUUUUUCACAAGUUGGUACUGAAUAGGGAACUGGGUACAGCAGAACUUGUUGAACCAAAAUGCCAAGUAUACACAGUUGGAACUGGAUCAUGGAGUGGGAUUUCCUCUAUUGGCCCAUUCAAGUACGAAGGCAAUGCGAAAGGGGCGUUUCUUAAUGGAAACAUUCACUGGAUGGUAAGGGACAUGUACGGCUCCUCUGUGUGGAUCUCAUGCUUUGAUCUCGAAACAGAACUCUUUAGCACGUUCUGUCCCCCGCCUUGCAAUGAUGGUCGGGAAGAGUGUCUGAACGUGUCUACUUUUAAGGAUUGUCUCUGUUUGUGCGACAACUCAUCACACAGUGAGAUUGUUAUUUGGUUGAUGAAGGAGUAUGGCGAUGAGACGUCUUGGACAAAGGAAUUCGUGAUCCGAAAAAGAGAUGGCGAUUAUAAUGAAGGGCUUAUGUGCCCCAUCAAAGCUUUCCCAAACGGUGACAUCUUGAUGGCUCUGGAAUACAGCAAGCUGCUGACGUUAUACUACUCCAGCAAGACUAAGACGUUUCGCCACGUUGAUCUGUUCGGUCUGCAGAGCCGAUUCUGCAUUCGUGCAGUCGCUUAUGCCCCGAGUUUUCUUCCUCUCAAAACUCUCGCAACAGAGAACGUGAUUUCCUUCUGAUUCCCUGCAAAUCUAAGUAUGACCAAAUGCUGAUUUUCUUGAUUUCCUGUUGGCAUUCUAUGAUAACUCUUCCUUGAUGUCAAAGGCUGUUGAUUUAAUAUAUUUAGCAGGAUUAUUCAGUUUA